AUGGCGCUGUACCGCCGCGCGGCCUCCGCGAUCCGGCGGCGCGGGGCAGGGGGCCUGCCCCUGCUCCCGGCGCGGGCGAUGGCGUCGCUCUUCGGCCACGUCGAGCCGGCGCCCAAGGACCCCAUCCUCGGCGUCACCGAGGCCUUCCUCGCCGACCCCUCCCCCGACAAAGUCAACGUCGGCGUCGGCGCCUACCGGGACGACAGCGGCAAGCCCGUCGUGCUCGACUGCGUGCGCGAGGCGGAGCGCCGGAUCGCCGGCAACCUCAACAUGGAGUACCUUCCAAUGGGAGGGAGUAUCCACAUGAUUGAAGAGUCGCUAAAGCUGGCGUAUGGCGAGGACUCCGAGUUCAUCAAAGAUAAAAGAAUUGCAGCGGUGCAGGCACUUUCAGGAACUGGCGCAUGCCGGCUCUUCGCUGAUUUCCAGAAGCGUUUCCUGCCGGAUUCGCAGAUCUACAUACCUACACCAACUUGGUCCAACCAUCAUAAUAUUUGGAGGGAUGCUCAAGUGCCACAGAGGACAUUCUCAUAUUACCAUCCGGAAUCGAGAGGGCUUGACUUUGCAGGAUUGAUGGAUGAUAUCAAGAAUGCUCCAAAUGGUUCAUUCUUUUUGCUUCAUGCAUGUGCCCAUAAUCCUACUGGAGUAGAUCCUACUGAGGAACAAUGGCGAGAAAUAUCCUAUCAGUUCAAGGUAAGGAGUGAGAUGCAAGCAGUUGCUGUUAAGAGCCAAUUGCAACAGAUUGCGAGACCAAUGUACAGCAACCCACCUGUUCAUGGUGCGCUGGUUGUUUCAAUUAUCCUUAGUGAUCCAGAAUUGAAGAACGUAUGGUUAGGAGAGGUCAAGGGCAUGGCUGAUCGUAUCAUUGGAAUGCGGAAGGCACUUCGGGAGAAUCUUGAAAAGUUAGGUUCACCUUUAUCAUGGGAGCAUGUCACCAAUCAGAUUGGAAUGUUUUGCUACAGUGGGAUGACACCUGAACAAGUCGAUCGCCUGACAAGUGAAUACCAUAUCUACAUGACACGCAAUGGGAGAAUAAGCAUGGCCGGCGUAACGACGGGCAACGUCGCCUACUUGGCUAAUGCCAUUCAUGAUGUUACCAAGUGA